AUUUUGAUUUCAUAGGAGUGACACCUGCUGUUGUAUUCUCUCCUCAAAACGACACCGUUUUUACUGCCAGCAGUGCAUUGGCGAGCCUUCUCCGAAUCUCCGAUGAUGAACCCAACGUCCGCAAAAUGAUUCGGUCAGUUUUUUAUUCUUCUUUUUCCGAUGUUCUGCCUUAAUUUUGAUUGAAUCUGUCUCAUUUAUCAUUAUUGGUUCUGGUUUGGGUUUCAGCUUCUUUCAAUUUUUCCAGAUUUUGAUUUGUUAGGGUUUUACUUUGAUCUGUUUUUCAGUGACUGAUCAAAAGCAUUAUAAUUAUAGAUGUAGAACUUCUAGUUCAAUGCAGUUUUGUUUCGAAAUUAUAAUCAUUAUAUUGAGCAACUUGAAUGAGUUUGUGGUGCUUGAUGUGUGGCCCUAGGUUUUCUUUUCUCUGUUUGUGUUGGGGAGAACUAAUGUAGGUAAUUUUGAGACUUGAAGGCGGUUUAGUGCAGCUGUAGCUUCUAAUGAAGAUUUUCUCGGGAAAAUUUAUGUAAAGAAGAGGAAGUAGUGGGUCAAUGAUGUCCUCUGCAGUAAAGUCUGGAGCAUUGGUUUCUUUGCAAGACCUACAACCAUCUUCUCCAUUCUUUAAGCAAGGAGCUUCACUUAGAGUUACUGGAAAGCUACAAGAGUACUCUGUUGAGACAGCUAUAGCCAUAGUUAUUGAUGGAAGUGCCAACCUGAAGAUCAACACCCAGCAUCUGAGGGACCUUACAUUUCGAGCUGGCUCCAUUUAUCAAUUCAUAGGUGAACUCCUCAUUCAACCCGAUAAUGAGGCAAUCUUACAAGCAAGAGUGGGUAGGAAUGUCGAUGGCAUCGACCUCAACCUCUAUCACCAGUCUCUGCAGCUGGUGAGACAGUUUCAGGCAGACCACAUGAAUGACCAAGCAGCUUAGUCCAGUUUCCCCCAGAGGCUCGGCAGGAGAAUUUUCACAAAGAAAGGUAUCAAACUAAACUAACUGCAACUUUUAUACUCUACAUGCUAAAACUGGAUGGUGUUUCAUUCAUUCAUCUUUGUACCCAAUUGCUGUGACUUGUCGUCUAUGCUGUGAACUGUUUUUUCAGAUGAAAUUUUAACAAAUAUUCAUCAAAAUUCAUGCC